AGUCCCGCGCUGCCCGCCUAGCCGGCCCGGCGCGGGGAUGGGGUAGGGGCAGCGCCACGGAGUCGGGCGAUGGGCCGCCCUCUGGGCACCGAGCAGCCCCCCGAGGCCUGACCGACCCCGAGGACCGGCGGAGGAGCCCCGCCUGGAUGUCAAACUGAUGCCCCAGUGCCUCCCAGCGGACUCGGUGGGGACCAUGGCUUCGCUAAUGCCCCUCUCCCCAUAUCUAAGCCCCACGGUUCUCCUGCUGGUCAGUUGUGACCUGGGCUUUGUGCGAGCAGACCGGCCCCCUUCUCCUGUGAAUGUGACAGUCACUCACCUCAGAGCCAACUCGGCCACUGUGUCCUGGGACGUCCCAGAAGGCAACAUCGUCAUUGGCUACUCCAUUUCCCAGCAACGGCAGAAUGGCCCCGGGCAACGUGUGAUCCGGGAGGUGAACACCACCACUCGGGCCUGUGCCCUCUGGGGCCUGGCUGAAGACAGUGACUACACAGUGCAGGUCAGGAGCAUUGGCCUUCGGGGAGAAAGCCCCCCAGGGCCCCGGGUGCACUUCCGAACUCUCAAGGGUUCUGACCGGCUACCCUCAAACAGCUCCAGCCCAGGGGACAUCACGGUGGAGGGUCUGGACGGAGAGCGACCACUGCAGACGGGGGAGGUGGUCAUUAUUGUGGUGGUUUUGCUCAUGUGGGCUGCUGUAAUUGGACUAUUCUGCCGUCAGUAUGACAUCAUCAAAGACAAUGACUCCAACAACAACCCCAAGGAGAAGGGGAAGGGGCCGGAACAGAGUCCUCAGGGAAGGCCGGUGGGGACAAGACAGAAAAAGUCACCGUCCAUCAACACCAUCGACGUCUGAGUGAAGAAACAGAACCAGAAGACAGAUGCACUCACAACCUGGGGAUGGGGAUGGGGUCAGGGAGAGGCCAAGAUGGUGAGCUGCCCAAGACUGAAGGAUCCCACAGUCUCCCAGAGGGUAAUGACACUCCCACCAUCUCAGGCUGGUCUCCAUCCUCUUUCCACUGUGAGCAGGGCCAGAAGGUAGGUCUGAUAGGGUCGGUGUCCCUGGACCUGGGGAGUGGAGAUCAGACGGGAUGUGUCCUUCCAUCCCCCAGGUCCGGGGGAGAGUCACUGGUUCAACCCUGUCCCAUCAGGUCCCCAAAGGGGCCCCCAUUUCACUUGCCUCCCCAGCUGCCCCCACAUCUUGCCUCCAGGUCUCAGAGGGGAGUGUUUCUGGGCGUACUCCCCCUCCCCCAGCAAAUCAAAGGCACUGUCUGGGCCUGGAGGCAGACGCUGCACUGCACUACUCCAAUGUCUUCCAUGGAGCCUCAGGUGCUCCCCCUCUCACCUGGCAGGCCCUCCGGCUGCUGGGGAUCUCACUCCUUGGACAUUUUUCCAAUAAAGGUUCUUGGACAAACCGGA